UAUCGCCUGGGCCGGGCCGGGGGCACGGGCGCGGAGCCGGGGGCGGGCAGUGCCGGCGCCGUGGAUCCCUGCGCGGGGAGGUGGUGCAGCCGGGGCCGCCAUUUUGGGUGCCUGGAGCCUGCUCGUCGGGACGGGCGAAAGUUUUUAUCAUGUUGGGCUCCGGGUUCAAGGCUGAGCGCUUGCGAGUCAACCUGCGCCUUGUUAUCAAUCGGCUCAAGCUGCUGGAGAAAAAGAAGACUGAGUUGGCCCAGAAGGCGAGGAAGGAGAUUGCAGAUUAUCUGGCAGCUGGGAAAGAUGAGCGUGCCAGGAUUCGUGUGGAGCACAUCAUCCGAGAAGAUUACCUCGUGGAGGCCAUGGAGAUCCUGGAGCUGUACUGCGAUCUGCUGCUAGCCCGCUUUGGCUUGAUUCAGUCCAUGAAGGAGCUGGACUCCGGCUUGGCGGAAGCGGUGUCCACGCUGAUCUGGGCUGCACCACGCCUCCAGUCGGAAGUGGCUGAGCUGAAGAUUGUUGCUGACCAGCUGUGUGCUAAGUACAGCAAGGAAUAUGGGAAGCUGUGCCGGACAAACCAGAUCGGGACAGUCAAUGACAGGCUGAUGCACAAGCUGAGUGUGGAGGCACCACCCAAGAUCCUGGUGGAGAGAUACCUCAUCGAGAUUGCCAAGAACUACAACAUACCCUAUGAGCCUGACUCCGUGGUGAUGGCUGAAGCCCCUGCGGGUGGAGAGGCGGAUCUGAUCGAUGUGGGAUUCACAGAUGAUGUGAAGAAAGGUGGCCAUGGCGGGGGAGGAGGUGGUGGAUUUACAGCCCCGCUGGUUGGUCAUGAUGGAAUAAUGCCCAUGCCGAUGCCUAUGCCCAUGCCAUCACCAAAUCCACCGUUCUCUUAUCCGCCCCCGAAAGGACCGGAGAACUUCAAUGGCCUACCAGUGGGGACCUACCAGCCUUUUGCUAACAUUCAUCCACCACCAAUUCCGGCAACCCCACCAACAUAUGAGUCUAUUGAUGAGCCUAAAGCUGACAAGGAUGUUCCUUCUGCACAGGUGUCUGGGCCUGGGCCCAAGCCAGAACCUUCUCCAAAACCAAGAGCUGUAGCUCCUGAUACCUGCGAUAACUUUGUGUUGCCUGAAUUACCAUCAGUGCCGGAUACUCUGCCAACAGCAUCCGCUGGUGCCAAUUCUUCUGCCUCUGAAGACAUUGACUUUGAUGAUCUUUCUCGGAGAUUUGAGGAGCUAAAGAAGAAAACAUAAGACUGACUGGGCUGUAACUCCAAUGUGAGAGGCAGCAGCUGUGACAGCUGCUUCUCUCUGAAACACUCUCCUAGAAAUUGGUUUCCUGUAUUAACUUAAAAUGAACGCGCUCUUUUUUUUGAGCCCUCUUCCUGCUGUACUUAUACCAAAUGCUGCCACUUUCCCAGUCUUUGUUGCUCCAGGAGGUGAACUGUGGUGGGAUCUUGUGAGACUGGAACAGGGAACAGCUCCUGUCAGUCCGGGUGGUUGUGCUAUACAGGAAGGCCAGUCCUGACUGCCUCCACAGUGGCUCUGCAUUUCCUUCCGUGGAGAAGAAAGAUGAAGGUUGAAAGGUGACCAGGCUUGCUCCUCAUGUGUGUGGUCUCAAGGGGAGCAUCGCGCAUGUGCUGCCCAGCUCUGCUCUGUGGCGCAGAUGGUGAGAGUGAGUAGACUUGGCGCUGCCUGUGAGGUUUUGCAGUACCCUGGCACUUAGGCCACCCCUGGCUGCAGCUGGAUCCAGCGGCAGAGUUUGCCUGGGAAGCCGAAGUUCUCUUUUAGUCCCCCUGGCUUCUCAGGGAGCCCUCCGUGGCCUUUGCCGCAUUAGCAGCAUUGCAUCUGCGGGAGGGUUGGUUCCCCUUCUGCAGGAGGGCAGGGCCGUACUGUCUCCUGUUCCAGCAGCGCGUUCAGCCUGAACGUGAGGGGAGUGCGCGCGGGCAGGGCAGGGCAGGGCGGGGGAGGCUACCAGAGCCGUACGGCGUGUUCUAACUCUGCCCCGGGCAGCUGGGGGCUAAAAAGCCUGUGGAGAGCUGAAAGUUGACUGGAGUCUGACUGGAUACUUGGCAGUAACUUUGCCUACCUACGGAGCAAGGUAAUGGGAAAGCUGCAGCCUGAGUGCUGGCAGAGCUCCCUGUGCAGCUGUGGCGUCUGUUCCGUGAGCCAGGGCUGCACUUCUUCAGGGGGAGGGACCGGUGACCAUGACUUACUCUCCUCUGUAAUGUAUCUGUACAUAACACUUUCACACAACUUUUCUUUGGAGUUUUUGAUUGAUUUGUAUCUUACAGAGUAGUUCCUAAUAAAGUUUAGGAGUGUGA